AUGGCAUCAGGUCAGGAAGCCGCUCUCCGAAAACAGCAAGAUCUGCAAUCGCAAUACACCAACUACAAGAACACUCUGCAAUCCCUCGCGCAGAAGGUCGGCGAGAUCGAGCAAGAAAUCGAAGAACACAAACUGGUGACGGAGACAUUACAGCCACUCCCCGAAGAUCGUAAAUGCUUUCGACUCAUCAACGGCGUGCUCGUUGAGAGAACCGUGAAGGAUGUUCUCCCUGCUCUCAAGACCAAUUCGGAUGGAUUGAAACAAGUGUUGGAUGAGUUGGUGAAACAAUACAAGAGCAAACAGGAUGAGAUGGACAAGUGGAAGGUGGGCAGAAUUUCUCAAUCUUGCUGUGGAUGCACUAAUACCCAAAAUGCAGAAGAAGAAUAA